AUGGAUGACAGUUGGUCUCGAUGUCCAGUUUGUUUUGAAGAUUACUCAUUAUCACAUCGUCCAACAACAUUUCUUUGCGGUCAUUCUACAUGUAUAGAUCAUACAUCUGGAAAGAAUCGACUUCGUGAAUGUCCUAUUUGUCGAUAUCCGUUAAAUCAACAACAUGAAUAUAAUGUAUCGUAUAGUCUUGAAGAAGCUUCAUGUUUAUAUCGUAGUAUUAAAAAUACUGCUGACUAUUCAACUAUUGAAUUUCCAUCAGAACAUAUUGGAUCAAAUCAUAUAAAAAUAAUGAAUCCUGAUGAUAUACAUGCUCGUCAAUUGCAAGAGAAAUUUAAUUAUGAAAUACAAAAUGAACAUGUCGAAGAAAGACCAACAACAAUUUUGGCUUUAAUCUUUGCUGUUAUAUCAAGUCAACAAAAAAGUCAACAUAUCGGACAAAAAAAGAAUGUGGUCAUGGUUGUUUUCUUACUACAACAUCUCAAUGUUGUUCAUGUUCUGGUAAGAAUUAUUUGA